AUGGAAGAAGGUACAGGCGCUGAAUGGCGUGGGUCCAAAGCCUACCGGCCUUAUCGCGACGUCGAGCAACAUCCAGCGAAUCUCCAACGGCACAGUCUCACCGACCAGCAGGCUCAGAGCCUUAUCGAGAGCCCGCGCACGUACGGAAACAGUGCACGCUCGACCAAAGAAAGACCCUGCGAUGCAUGUCGACGUCGCAAGACCAGAUGUGUCAAGGAGUCAGGCGAGGACAAGUGCGUCUUGUGCAAAUUCCACAGCCAAGAGUGCACCUAUCUACACGAACCUGUUGCUCGAACCAGAAAACGAAAAGCGCAGCCUAUCGAGGAAACCAACCACGGAAACUCCGGCGACCAACCACCUGUUCUACGAACGAACGUCGGAACCGGCGUCGAGGAAUACGACGAGCUGCCUGGCGAAAGCUUGCUUAAGAAGACUCUUGGCCUUCAGAACAAACACCACGCCCAUUUUGUCGGUCUGACAGAACCGUUCUCGUUUCCUCGCUUUUCACUCACCUUGGGAAUAUCUCAGAAGUCUACGCAGGGUGGUGCGGUCAUUGUACGCAAGGUUGACGACUUCAAUGCUUUUACCAUCCGCGAGGACCAAGGCACAAUUGGCUACGACACCGAGCAAAGUCGAGUUGACGCCAUUCAGCAAUUGGUUGAACCUCAUGGGAAAGCACUCAUCGACCUGUACUUCCGUAUCGUCCACCCCUCUUUCCCAAUCCUUCACAAGGGCGUCUUCCUGGAAAAGUAUGCGCGUUCUUAUCGCGAAUUCUCACCUGCUCUUCUAGCAGCAGUCUACCUCCUUACAACCAAUUACUGGAGGUGUUCGCCCGCGUUGGCUACAAAGCCAAAACCAGACGCUUGUCUGCUACACAAGUUAGCCACAGAAUCUUACGACCUUACUAUCUAUCGUCCGAAACUCUCGUCAGUCCAAGCCGGAUUGUUACUAGCGCAGUAUGAAUGUUUCGAUUCCGAUGUCAUGAGUUGUGGGUCAAGAGGCAGACUCACAGCCCAGUUGGUCUCGAUGUCUCACACACUGGGACUCCAUAUGGACCCAUCGCGAUGGGAUAUUCCAGAAUGGGAGAUCAGUCUACGCCGUCGCCUUGCCUGGGCGAUCUAUAUGCAGGACAAAUGGGUAGCUCUCAUCGAAGGUCGACCGGCGCUUCUCACGGACCGUGACUGGAUUGUGCCGGCGGUCCAACAUAGAGACUUCCCUGAACACGAGGAGAACAACGAAGAGGGUAGCUCAGAAGUCGAAAAUGGCCGCAUCAUUUUCAUGCAGAUGAUUGAGCUUACGAAGAUACUCUCCGAUAUUCUGGACUCUAUUUUCAGUUUACGGUCACAUCAAGCCAUUCAGAUGUCUCCCGAUCCUGUCUCGGCCCUUCUGAGUAGAGCCCAACCACUACAGCAACGACUCAGUGCAUGGUCAGAUUCUGCUAUGGAAGUACUUUCCUUGGAGAGGGCCAACAGUAUGAAGCUGACAUCUAUUGGUUAUCUCAUACUUGCUCAUCUGGCUGUUGAGGUUAGCAUACAUCGACGUAUUAUAUGCCAAACAAUGUCUUGUGCGUCAGACCCGAACACCGCAGCAGCUUGUCGUAUUGCUGCCAAACAGAGGUGGCUGUCAGCUCUUGGGUUUGUGGAUAGUCUGAAAGCACGCCACCUGAAGUCAUUCUGGUAUUUCUGCUCAACUGCAUGUUUGACACUACUCAUUUCUUUUGGGAACGUUCUUGUUGGCUCUGCCUUUGACUCAUCCGAAGAGCAAUUUUAUCUCGAGAAACUGAAGGAGUUCAGAUGGACAUUGAAAAUCAAUGGCGAGAUGGGGGCGAAGUUCAUGGUUACAGCCAUCAGGUCAAUGAUUCUGGAUCCCAGAGAAAUCCGCAAGCCUGAUCCUUCUUCCACAAGUUCGGUCACCAGUCCAGGAUCGAAGUCCGAAUCCAGCUUCGGUAUAUCUUCCCAAAACGCCUUUGGAAACAUGUCCAUUCAACCACCUCCAGGCCCAAUGGCACCCUCUGACGUUGCGUCUGGUUGGAUUACGCCAACAACCUUUACCAAUCCACCAGUAUUUUCUGGCUUUACACCCGGUAUGUCUAUGCAGGUGCCUUACAUCCCAGGCUACACUUGGCAACCGCCCAAUUUUGAGACUGGACCGCCAGUGAACGACUAUCUUGAGCAUAUGCCUGGCUAA